GGCGGGGGGGGGGUGUCAGUUUGUUUUCCAAAGCACCCGAAGGCAAGACAAGAAACAAUGCAUGGGAAGUAACCAAGGAGAGAAAGCGACUUGGAAUUAAGGAGAAAUUUCCUGAACGUGAGAAUAAUUCACCAGUGGGACCGCUUGCCACCAGAAGUUGUGGGUGCUCCAAUCCUGGGGGCUUUUAAGAAGAGAUUGGACAGUCACUUGUCUGGCAUGGUGUAUGGUCUCCUGCUUGAGCAGCGGGUUGGACUAGAUGACCUCCAAGGUCCCUUCCAUCAUCAUCAUCAUAACCUCUGAGGUCCCUUCCAGCUCUAUUCUGAUUGAUUGACUGCCAAGGUUGGACAUCCCUGACCUAGACUCUUUUGCAUGUACACUUGGGAAUGGACUCCCUUUGCACACAACGGGGACCCAUCCACCCCCUGCAGGAGAGGACAUGGAGAAGUCAGGUGAUCCAGAAAUGAUCUCUCCGGGGUACAAAACCGUCAUCCAGGGUGAAGCCUCAGAAACCGACUCGGAGGAAGAAAUCAAUUGUUCCGCCUCCCAUCAAGCGGCUUUCGGCAGCCCUUCGGGAGUGCAAGUCGCUGGGGAAGCCUCUGAAACAGACGAGGAAAACGAAGCCCAAAGUCCUGCUGGAUCGAAAACCGAGGCUAAAUUGAUCGCGGCAGAUUUGCCUCCUCUGAUCGUUUACAAGAACGAAGAUUCGGAGUCUCCCACGGCCGUGGAGGAGAAGCCCGCCCUCCACAUCAAACACCGGGGCCGAUACAGCACCCUGUUGCAGCAGAAGCUGGUGGAGAGCAACGCCCGCUUAUACUACGACAUCAACGCCACCAUCAAGCAAGUCUACCAAACCGCCAUCAAGGAGAUUGGAGCCAUUACUGGACAGCUGAGCAAUUCCCAAAAUGGCAUCAUCAACGCUUCACACAACAUCCGGCUGGUUCUGGAGGACCUGCGGGCCGUGGCGGACAAGAUAGACAUUAUUAACAGCUGCAGUUUGUUACCUGAUAUCCAGAUAGAGCUGCCUUCUUCAGCACACACUUGACACGCAGACUGCUUCCUGAACACGGCUGUUCAAGGGGGUGAGCUUAGAGGGGAUCCUGGUUGUAAGAACUCAGCAGAAAACUGAAAUAGGCUGAACUAUUUGUCCAGGAAAAAGAAAUCUUUGCUUUCUCUUUGCUACUUAAAUCACAGUAGGUCCUCUAUCGCGCUAAAACACACUAAACACGCUAAAACUGCUUUCACUGUUUUUGGGGAAAGAAGGAUGAUCCCAUUUCAAGAGAGUCGUCUUCUCCUGGCUAAUGUUUCCCAUAAUAUCUUAAAAAAAUGUAGACUUGGUUGCACAAGGUUGGAGGCACUUAAGGAGCGUGUAAAUGUAGAAUCGUAUCAGAUUCGUGGGAGUUUGUCCGAAGAUGCUCAGCUGCCUUCAUCUAUCUAUGCACUUAGCUUAUUCAUUUCGAGGGAAUGUAUGAUUUGAGCAGGACUAAGGAAAAUGAAAUAAUAACUGAUUUAAUUUCACAGGAGGGAUGUAAAUCAAGGGAGUGGUGAUCUACUAUAAAUCAAUUGUAGCUGAUAGUGAUUAAAACACAGCAAGGUCAGUGUUUGUGGA